AUAAAGAGGGAAAAAGCUUAGCUUGAACCAUUACAAAAUGAAGACUCUUUUUUACGGGUUCAUUUUAACCUUCAUAGUGGUCAAGGGUGAUGAACCACCCUGCAAGAACCCCAGUCUAUCAAGUGUAAGUGGUGAUAGUGUUAAAAACAAAAGUCCUUGCUCCGGUGAUUUGAUUUUCGACGAAGAUUUCGACAGUUUUGACCUCUCAAGAUGGCAACACGAAAUCACACUGUCAGGUGGAGGUAAUUGGGAGUUCCAGUACUAUGCCAAUAACAGAUCAAACAGUUAUGUAGAGAAUGGAACCCUGCAUAUCAGACCUACGCUGCUUUCUGAUGAUUUUGGUGAGAAGUUUUUGUGGUCCGGUACUCUGGACUUGAAUGCUGGUACUCUGGCUGAUGCUUGUACCGAUCCGUCCUUUUAUGGUUGCGUUAGAGCAGGUACAGGUCUAAAUUUUCUGAACCCUGUUAGAAGUGCGAGGAUAAGGACAGCUGAAUCAUUUUCGUUUAGGUAUGGACGUGUCAAGUUCCGCGCAAGAACACCUAGCGGCGACUGGUUAUGGCCUGCAGUCUGGCUGAUGCCACGCUACAGUGUCUACGGAAAAUGGCCAUCUUCCGGAGAAAUCGACCUCCUCGAAGCCAGAGGCAACAGAAACCUUACAAAUACUCAAGGCACUAACGUAGGAACCCAGCAAAUAUCCAAUACCUUACAUUGGGGCCCUUAUAAUGAAGCGAAUAGAUGGUCUAAGACACAUUUUGAAUACAAUGAUCCCAAAGGCUUUAACACAGACUUCCAUGACUACGAAUUCAUCUGGACUCCAUCGUAUAUAACUUUCAAUGUUGACGGUGAAGAAAUAGGGUCAGUAACGCCACCUAGCGGAGGCUUUUGGGAACUAGGGGGUUUUGACAGCGCCACCACUGAUAACCCUUGGAAGGGGGCAUCGAACAUGGCCCCCUUUGAUCAGGAAUUUUAUAUUAUUAUUAACUUAGCCGUGGGCGGUAUCUCGUUCUUCGACGACAGUUUUGUGAAUCAGGGUGGUAAACCUUGGUCGAAUAAGUCCCCUGUGGCUUUUAGGGAUUUUUGGAGGAAGAAGGAACAAUGGUUGCCGACUUGGAAUAUGACAGAUGACAGUACGCAUUUAGUUUUGGACUAUAUUAAAGUAUUUGCUUUGUAAGACUGAUAUUUUAUUGUUAUUUAUAUACAGAGUGUUUCUGUUUCAUAAAUACUUUUUUUUUCAGUUUUUUAACCAGGGCUAUUCUUAUGGAUAAUACUAUGGGGUUUUAAGAAUUUUCGAACUAAUAUUUGACAUGUUUUUUUUUUGACGGAUUAUAGAAGUUAAUAUUAUCCAUAUUUUUGGACUUGAAAUGAUUAAUUUUUAUUCACAAACAAGUGAAUGUCAUUUUGAAAAAUAGUCUCGCUAGUUUUAAAAAUUUUAAAAAUAUUUGUAAAGUUAGGUUAACUGAAAACAUAUGCUUCAUAUGAGCGCAAGCGCAUACUAGAAUAUUCUAGAGAUAAGUAGGGGAAGUAUGAACGUUAUUUCCUUAAGUUGUUAGAGUUAAUUUCUUAGCUUAUGUUAAGGGUAAUACUCGAAGUAUGGACCAACCAUAAGACUGUUACUUUAUUGUAUAUAAAGGGUGUUUCAUAAAUAAGUGUCAGAAGUGGUAGAUUUGGAUAAAAUAAGUAUAUUUUAAAUUUUAAUUUUUUUAUACCAGUCUAUUUAUACCAGUUAAAAUAUUUGAACUUAUUUAAGAAAGACUCUGCGUAAUGUCUUUUUUUAAAACCUUAGUUUAUAACACUAAAAUAUAUCAUAAAUAAAUACUGCAUUUAUAAUAUUUUUUGAAGUAUACAAAUUUAAAAAAAAUCUUAAAUAACAGAUUGUUUUUUCUGCUUUGAUAGAUUUUUCACGCUAUGAUUAAAUAAUA